AUGAAAUUUUCCACUGUUAUAACUUCCAUCGCUGCUUUAAGUUUAGUAAGUGCUGCUGCUGUUCCUCCAAGCAAAGUCGAAGCCACAGUCGAAAAGAGAGAAACUCUUGGUGAAUUAAUUCAAUUCAUUGAAGAUGUUGUCCUCCAUAAAUCCAUCAGUACCUCUACUCCAAGUGGUGUUCCAUCCAACCCGGGUUUAUCUGAUGUUAUUCCACAAGACUUAUUAGAUGUUCAAUUAGGUGAUAUCGCUUCUCUUGGACUUGCUGCUUUACCUACCUCAAUUCCAAGCUUAUUAAAUGAAGUUGGAAGUAUUUUCUAA